AUGUUGGAGGAAGGAGAGAAGUCAUACGACGGCGUCAGAUUGGAGGAGCUCCUGACCACUUGUGACUGGUCCAUCGAGGAAGACCCAACGAUGGACUACUCUGCUUAUCAAAGGACUGAAAGUCUGUGCGGAGACGAUGUUGAAGGAACUAGACGAAGUAGAGAAGUGGAUAGGACUGCGAGUCAAUCGGAAGAAGACUUAGUUCAUGAAGAACGCUUUUUGCGGGCAUCAGGAAAUGGAAUUAGAGGGCUCUCCAAUUGCGGAGACGUCUUCUUACGUGUAUUUCGGACGUUUUCUGAACAUGGAGAACGAUCUGAAGGAAGAACUAAACAGGAGGCGAAGAGCAGCUUGGCAGCUUGGGCCGCCUUCGGGCCCCUAAAGGAAGCCACAGACCAGCUGGCGGACCCAGAGCUCCGAGUCCACCUGUUCGAUUCAACCGUUCUCCCUGCGCUCUGUUACGCAGCGGAAACGUGGCCUAACACUGUGGCUACGUCGAAAACACUCCGAACAACCCACAGAGCGCUGGAACGACGUCUUCUGAAGUUCAAUCGACGCACCCAACAUCUCGUCGACUUCGCAGUUCGCAUAUGA